UACGUGGGAGACGCCGUUCCUCGUGCAUCGUUGCGUAGGAGAGCCGAGAGUUUGGCGCAGAGUCGAAUUGCCAGUCGGGCCGGCACCCGCGACGACGCGACGAGUUUCUUUACCCGGGAGUCGUCGAUUCCUACGAGUCAACUUCCAAGACAGGGUCCAAAGUCAGAGGCUGUCGUGCUUUCGGUCGGCGAUUCCCGAUAUCACCCCCCUCGCUCCUCCUAACCCUCCCAUCCUCCCCCCACCCACAUCCGUCCUUCUCGGUUCGACAUAAAAGAGACAUAAAUUUUCACAACCAACGUUACUUAAACGUACGUCUGCGACGACGACCUACGCCAACCCUACCGCCAGUCUGUCGGCGCACGUCGCCUCCGAUUCUUUUACCGAAACGCACAAGCAUAUUCGCAGGGUUAGCGAUUCGCGUUCAAGACAGAUUUCUGUAGGGACUUUAAAAAUUAUCGCGCCGCGCUCUCGCGUCCUUCAGGAUAAUUUUCUUAAACUUCCAAGACGCGCGUUUGUCUCGUCCUCAGAUGGUCAAAGGUUGACUUCAUUUUUCGUCGUUUCGCAAAAACAAAACAAAAUAAAACGAGCAAACAGAAUCUGUAUAAAAUCUUCGCAAGACCGCGCUUGUCCUUUUCUCUAAACUUGACGAUGCAGACUAGCAAUCAACCGCAGACGAUGCCGUCUCUACUUAUCGCUCGAGGAUCGCUACCAGACAUCGCCGUAACCAUGGUUUCAGGCAGAGAGAUCCACGGGGCCUUCAGUUUGAUCGUGGACGACGUCGACUCGACGGAUUCCCUGCGGUGUAACUCGAUCGUCGGCGAGAGCCAGGAGGUCGAGGGCUCGUCAGCGGGGAGCAGCUCGCAAACCUCGUCGUCGCACACCCCGUUGGACAGCCCGGGUGGACCGCGAGAGAGAAUAAAGCAGAUCCAGGUUGAGGCGGAGACGCGGCGGGGUGAAUUCGCGAGGCUCCUCGAGGAGCACGCCCAGGUUGUCAGGAAGCUCAAGAUGAUGGAAGCCGAGGAACAGCUGAACAGCUCCUCCUCGAACGGAAGCGUCCUCGGCGCGGCGACGCAGGCGUGAUCUCCAAGGAUCAUCGUCUGUCGAUUGUAUGGAGAAAAACAUGUCUUACGCGAUUUUACCCACCGAGAUAUGUAUGCAUGCAUGCAUGUAUGUAUGUAUGUAUGUAUGUACACACACACACACGCCGUUUGUGAGCCGUAGUGUUGCUUGAUUCGAAUGCAAAUACCAAUCCCAGUGCACUCGAAGCAAGCGUAUAAUAAUACCUGUUACUAUGUGUAUGUAUAUACCUAUAUAACGGAUGUAUACCCUGCUGAAAAGUAAUGCAGAAUUUAGAGCUAGAUCAGCGUUCCCGGUUUCGUCAAUAACGUAGACAUGUCGGGGUACUUUUCCUUUACUGCUUUUUUCUCUCAAUUUCUUUCCGUCCCUUUUUUUCUUAACCCCUUACCGCAUACGAAGCCGUAUUUGGCUGUUUGGCUGCUUGAAGUUUCCAGUCUUUUUUUAUUUUCAAAAACAACUUUGAAUACUAUGUGUACAUUUCUUCGUGCAACGGAAUGUAUUCUUUUUGUUGUCUAUGGUAAGUGCAUACUGUUAAACUAUUUGAGUAAAUGUAAAAUUUUCGUUCCAUCUCCUUCGUAAUUUAUGCAAUAAGGGGUUAACGGGCAAAAUUUCCUGCAGAGCUAACAUUGCUAGAUUCCUUUUCUACUCCCUUGUCGCAACACGGGGACAAGGUACAAUAAAUAACGUAUGUGUGUAGUCGAGAAAGCCGAAAGCCGACAGAUAGCGAAGCGAAGACGCAUACUGAAAUAUUGACAUGUAUGAGGCAUUGAUUUUACGUCAGAACGCUUAGUUGGCAAGCCGCAUUAAGUUAUGUAGCAUGUAUGGUAUAGAAACCAGAAGUUAGGACGGCUACGAGUACGAGGAAAGUGGUAACGAGCGCGUAAAUGUACUCGCACACCAAAUGUGUCACCGUAAUAUUCGUAUAGUAUAUUAAAUGACGAAAUUAGGAGAAAAAGAAGAAAAGGUAGAUAAAAAAAAAUUUAUAACCUUUACUAUUGCGGUAUAUAGAUAUUGCGAGCAUGAUGAGAAGAAACAUUCAUAGUAAUUAUAUGUAUAGGGAAACUUCGUGAGGCUUUAACGUUGAAACUGCAAAAACCGUAUACUAUAUUAUACGUAUGUAUAUAUACACGACCUUCAGGGAUACACUGCGUAUCCCUGUAUUAAUUUUAUAUAGUUUGGAAACAGAGGGCGGGCUUCAGGUGAAAGGUAGUAGAGAAUAACGUACUUUUGGCAAUAACUUUUUCAAAGAAUUUCAGAAAGACUGCGAUGCAAUGUAAUAAAAGAAUAAUAAUAAUAAUAGUAACAACAACAACAAUAAUAACAAUAAUAAUAAUGAUGAUGAUUGUUCCAAAUAUUGUAAACUAGUGAUAAUUUUUAGCGAUAUACACCUUAUUAAUUUUGUAAUGAAAUUUUUGUGGAGAGAAAAAAAAAAAAAAAAAAAAAAAAAAACACGGCAUUAAUUGAAAAGUAUAUGUAAAAUAGUAUAUUUGAGGUAAUACCUGCAAGGAAUUGAUUUUGGAAAUAAAUGUGAAUAAAUUAAUCCUACGUCAACUUAUGUCAGUGACUUUGCUGUAACGCUUAGCAGAGAUGUACUAACAUCAAGGAACGUGAAGAGAGAACCACAGUGAUGGUGUGUUUUUGAAUGUAACUGGUUCGAUCGAUUCAAAAUAUAGAUACGUACUUUAUUAAAUUGGUAAAAUUUACAUUCACGGCGAUAUCACAGUAAUCUCUUAUUCUCAGUAUUUUAUAUUCUUGGGCGUUAUGGCCGUAAGCGCCUUUGAAACAACAUACCGUAUCGAUUUUGAAUUACAUUAUUAUUAUUAUUAUCUGAUCACACAUAAAAAAUUGUCGACUACUCGCUGUUACAAAAUUUUCCACUUCAGGGACUAUUCAGAAGACCUAUGAAACUCGAGGCAAAGCAAGGGGAAAAAGUUACUAUCAUCAAUUAAUUCAGUUAAUUGGUUAACAAUUACAUGUCAGGAAACCUU